AUGGAUGACAAUUAGAUAAAUAGAAUUCCUCGCAACUAAAGGCAAAACACAGAUUAGAAAUUGAUAAGCGAAGAUAGCAGGUAUUAUGAUGAAAGCAACUAUAAUUCCCAACAACUAAAUAAAAUGAUACCCUCUUCAUAACCCAAUAGUGGAUCUAAGUUAUAAAACUUGAUUGGACCUGCUGAGAAGCUACAAUCUACAAAGCUCUAAUCAUCCUUUAAAAAUCUACAUAACACUUAAAAUAUCUCUAAAACUAAAACUAACAUUAAGAUUAUUCCAAAGAAAAAUUAAAUUGCUGCUAGUAGAGACAUUAGCCCGUUUAAGAGUGUGCAAGUAAACACCCAGAACCAAACUUAGAAUUUUCAAAACAACCUGAUACUCAUCAAGAACCAACAGCCUUCUCCUUAUUAAAAGCAGAUGGUUUUGAAUUAACAAGUUCCACCUUCGACAAUGCCGAAUUUCUAAAUUAAGCAUCGCAUAUAAUCAGCAGCGAGAGCAUAAACUGCCCAAAUGUUUGGAGGCGGUUUAUCAGCUAAUGGAAGCAAAAGCAGACGAAGCUAACUACCAAGCGGGUUAUUGAUGACAAAUCAAAGCAAGAAAAGAUUCACUGAGGGACUGACUUCAAUCAACAGCAAAUCUUAAUUAGGUAACUAUAGAGAGACUUAAAACAGAGCAAUGAGGUUUAAUCUUGACUAAGAUGAACAGGUAAUAUAUUAAAGCUUCGCGAAUAUUCUGGCAUCUUUCGAUGAGAGCACUAGGCUAGAGUUAAUAGAAAGUGUUCUUAAGGAUGCUCAGGAAAUUGAAUCUUAAAAUGAGGCUAUGUGA